GUGCGAUGCUGAUGAUUUUUUUCCUGGGCCUGAUUUUUCAUUUCUGUGGCGUGGCCGCAAUAACUACUUCCCCCCACAACUGAUAGCCUCUAAGACAAAAAUAAUCCACUUAUUCAGCAAGCGAAUGGAUACAGACCAGGUCAUUGUCCCCGAACUGCUCGAUCUCGAUCUCAACCUUGAUCUCUGUCUUGACGAUCCAGCGACCGGUUCGAGCGACCGGGGUGGCGGACCAAAGAGAACCGACCCAAACAAGGUCACCCGCAGGGAGCGCAACGAGCAGUACAAGCUGAAGAAGCGGCGAGAGGAGGCCUACGCGACAUUCAUGCGCAUGGAAAAGCUUACAAGCACUGGCUCUGUGUUCAGCCGCCUGCCCCGCAAAUCCAUGUGUAUUGUGAACAUCGGCUGCGCCGCAAUGGGUGGCGCAACAAGCGAGCAGCUCGAAGCCGUUUUCGGAAAAUACGCCGGCUUUGAGCGCAUCGUGAUGAAGCUCGGAAAGCCAUACAGCUUUGUUAUAUUCCGCAGCUGCGACGACGCACGCGCGGCGUAUGCGGAUAUUCACGGGAAUAUUUGCGCAGAGCUCAAUAGCAACCCGGUGUUUCUUGAGUACUUGACCCACUUGAACUUUGCGUAUCUGGCCGAUCGUUCACUAGACCCCUCUGCCAAGCCAGAGACGCUGGACAGCCACAAUGGGCUGCACUACAUGGCCAAUUUUAUCACUGAAGACGAGGAGCAGCGGAUAAUGCAGUGUAUUGGCGAUGACGAGCAGCGAGAGAUUGCCGCUGGCGUCGGCAACGCUGACAAGUGGUACAGGGUGCAGGAGCGCUUUGUCAAGCACUACGGCCACUCGUUCGACUACCACCGCAAGCACAUCGGCGACGCCUCGAUGACCGCAUCGCAGAGCCUGCCAUCCUGGAUCCACCCGUUUAUCGGGCGCAUCCAUCAGCAGCUGCCUCAUCUCUUUGCAGACCAGUACCCAGACCAACUGACUAUCCAGCGGUACCCGCCGGGCGCUGGGAUUGCCUUUCAUGCCGACAGUCAUACAUCGUUCACAGACACCCUGGUCAUUUUGUCAAUGGGCACGCCAGUGCAGAUGGACUUUCGCAAGCCCGCGAGCCAUGCUCUGGUAACGCUGGAUUUGGAGCCCGGCAGCCUGGUGCUGAUGACUGGCGAGGCGCGGUAUGGCUGGGAACAUGCCAUUCGCAUCAGGCGCUCGGAUGUUAUCGAUGGAAAGUUGCGCGAGCGCAAUGAGCGGUGGUCGAUCACAAUGCGAAUUGUAAACAAGGAUCUGACGUGCAGCUGCCAGUACUCGGCGCUGUGCGACAGCGACGCAAGGCAUGUGCAGCGGAUCCGUGAAGAGCAGCAGAACCAGCAACAAUAAGCUUUGGUUUGCUGCUUUAUUUUUGUUUGUCCCUCUAGACAGCUUGAUUGGCUGGUAAUUACUGCUGCUACUUCUGCUUCAGCUUCUGCUUUCGAUUUCGAUUUCUCAUCUGAGCGAAAGAGUUAUCAUGUGCAUUGCCAAAUUGCUCGCAGGGCGUGGCAGUGCAGCCAAAAAAUACCCCUUCUGUCUUUGUUUUUUCUUCUUCAAUUCAUAC